UAUAUGUAUUUAAUAUGCACUCAAUGAGUAAUGACGAGUGAAAACAAAAUAAACAAUUUCUACGAAUAAACAAAUCAGUAUUGUGGCAGGAAAUUCGAGUACAAUAUAUACAAUACAUCUGGAAAUAUUCACUAUUUGUACUCAGAAAAAGAAUAAUAAUUCUGACGAGACAUCGAUAACACUUCAACGCUAUGGAAAAUUUGCCACAGAAGUGCCUGGCGCCUAAUUGCAGCUCAACGAUAGAUCAACCGGAAAUCAGCUUCUUCGAUUUUCCCAGUAAAGGGAACCGCGACCUGAUACGAUCGUGGAACAAAGCCUUGGGAUUCCGUGCCAACUGCAAACACAUCCCGGAUCCGAAGGUGUGCGAACGGCACUUCCAACCGGAGGAACUAGAUCGUAACGUGAUACCGGUGGCAUUCGCCCGGCCAGGUGUUGUACCCUCCUGGGUAGAUUUAGAGUCGACUGGGGAGGAGGGAGAACAGGGAUCUAGCUACUGCCGGUUAUGUGCGAAACUAGAACGGCAACCAAUGGAGAAUAGUGUGGACAAGUUGAUGCAGUGCAGCGAAACAGCCAAACUGCUAGAAAUUUGCUUGCAAUCAAGCCUAGGGUACGAUAUGCUUCCGAGUGAGGUGUGCAACACGUGUGCAUGCAUGAUGAAGUCCUGGAUUAAGUUUGUGAAGACUUGUAGGGCGGCGCAGUACAAGUUGAUCAAGUUAUCAGGAGUGAUUAAACAUGAUGGAGAGGAAGAAACAACGAUGUCGGAGACAGAAGCAGUCGUUACAACAAACAUCAAAAGAGAACUGAGGGAAUCCAAUGAACUUCCAGCGAAUGGUUUACUGAUUGGACUCGAAGUGGAUGUUAAAAGCCAAGAAGCACACUAUGAUAUGGAUGAAGCUGUGGAGUUCGAAAACGAUGUGUCAGCGACUGUUGAAAAACACGAUAACGAGCAUCCUGAUGUGAAUGUAAAGAUGGAGCCUUGUGAUACAAACGACGACUCGGAUUUUGAUGCCACAAAUGAUUACGUUGCAGAUGCGGAGAGUAACUUUGAAAUGGAUGAAGAUGAUGACGAUGAGUAUGUUCCAGAAGGGAAGUAUAAGGGUAAAUUAGGGGACAACAAAGCAUUGAAACAUGAAAUCAACGAAGAGAACCAAGUCGAAGAAAACCCAAAGAGAAAACGCGGUCGACCUAGGAAACAUGAGCCUCGUCCUCCCAGAGAGCCUCGAAAACCCAAAGAGAAGCGGGACAAAAGUGACAAGCCGGCUUCACUGUGUAAGCAAGUUUGCCAAGUCUGCGGCAAAAUUCUUUCCAACAGUGCCUCGUUCAGCGUCCACAUGUUGAUGCACACGCAGCAGAAAGAUGUCGUAUGUCCGAUUUGCGGCAAGCGGUUCUAUAUCAAGCAACAGCUUAAGGUUCACGUAGAGUCCAUCCACGAGAAGAAGGACUUUGUGUGCAACAUCUGUGGACUGAAGUGUCGCUGGCAAAAGAGCCUUCGCAGACACAUGCUGCUGCAUGACGAAAACCCUUACAAACAUAAGUGCACCUACUGUGACAAAGCCUUCUCGAGACCUAACCAGUUGCGGCAUCAUGUCAUGAAGCACACGGGAGACCGGGUGUAUUGCGAUAUCUGCGGUGCAGACUACAGAUUCAACUACAUGUUGACGCAACACAAAAUACGGAAGCAUGGAAUUGUAAUCGAAGGCGUGCAGCUGUAUAAGCAGAGCGCACGAAGAAAGAAAAGCGAAGGAGGAAACCAGCUCACCAGUGCCAUAUGCAAUCGUGUCGUUCAGCAAGCCGAAGCACAAGUUCAGCCAUUGGUGCAUUCUUCCAUAACCAUAGAACCUAUGACCUUUUCUGAACAUGACCGUAUUGAGCAUAGCGACCAAACACAUGUCUCGGAUUUAGGAAGUCCCGUCGCAACUGACCCAUCGUUCGAAACGAUUGGAUCCUCCGACGAUACGACAUCAAAUGCUCAAGGUGACAAUCACCUGAGAGAAUCCAGUGGAACAACUCAACUAAAUAUGUCCACAUCGUCGGGACUGUUAGACUUUCAAGCGAUUGGUAGACAAUAAAAUCAAUAUAGUAAGAUCAACAUGAAUCGAAGAAGCGAUCACGUUAAAU